AAAUUGCCGCACGCUUAUCAAUGGGUAAAGCCACCUUAAGUUUUCAUCUGAUUACAUUUCUUAGUAGCAGGGAAUAUUGGCAACAUGGACGAUAAGUUGGAAAAGUACUGGAGACGUCUAUUUUAUAUGAAGUCAGUUGCCGAACCCACUCCUUUGGAUUCUGAUACGAUAGAAUAUUUCGGAAUAUUCAGUAUUGACGAGCCAAAUGUCGCCACCCAAAAACGGUGGUACAUUUAUUAUGGCCUUAGAUCAGAAAGGUUAAAGGUUCUGGAAAGGAUUUGCAAGAAAUAUGGCAAUAGGAAUGUCAGAGAAAUAUUUCUGAUCGCCACAUUUAGCGGAGUGGGAUUUCAUAAAAUCGUCAGAGAAUAUUUCUCCAACUUAAAAUGGUUCACAAGCAGAAAUCUAUUGGAAGCUCCACUAAAUAGUUAUUAUAAUGAUGAAAGACUCGUCAAAACAGUUUCAGACUUCCAUAACAAGGAGCAAAAAAGAAUCUUUGACUAUAUAAUGAUACAACACGACUGGUUUCGACGGUAUAAUGAUCAAAAACCACCACCUGCUAAACAUUAAAUUAACUAAAAGCAUCGACUAACAGUUACCCGUUACUCAAUGAGAAUUCGACAACAAUAACUGAAUAGUACUAAUCUUUUGACUAAAAGCGACAUGUGUAUAUGUAUAUAAGGGGUAUUUGUUAUACAUAUUACAGCCUAUUGGUCAAGUUAAAUGAUUUAUAAAAAUAUGUCGAACAAAAUAUGUACACACACAAGUAGCUUGCGGUUAUAUUAUUACAUAUUUUGGAGUCGAAAGGCACAGUCAUAGAUGUGUCGACCCAUCCAAUCAUCCUAUUUCUCUGCAUUAGUAGGUAUUAAAAAAAAAA